GGUUACGAUGCUUAAAAUUCUCUCCGUGAUAGUUUUGCUAAAGCUAGGCACAGUGCUGUGUGAUACAAGUGCAACAUUAGCACCUUUGCUAAAUCAUGACGAAGUUCAUGGAUUUCCUUUUGAAAUGAUUAUGACGAGACUGCAACAGUUGGAGUAUCACAUCAUUGAGAAGGAUCUACAAGCUGACGCAAGGGUCACCAGCCUUAUCAGUGCAGUGGAUAAUCUCGUAGUUUCGGUCGACAGGUUAAAUUGGCUAGCACAACAAAGUGGUCGUACGAUCAAUGAGCUUGGUUAUAAUGGUAAAGUGAUUGGACAGAAUCUUACCGCUUUGCAACGAGAUGUGAGGGAUUUGCUAGCAAGACAGCAAACGCUUAUCACGCGCCAAGAGCUCAGCCAACUCGCUCUACAAGGACGAUGCAACGCCACGUUUGAUGGUCUCUCUGGGCGGAAAUACGCUUCCUGCAAGACGUUACCGUUCCGCAAAUCCGGAGUGUAUCAGAUUCAUCCGGAAAAAUCGUUCAAGGAGCCGAUGACGGUGUUGUGCGAUCAAGAGUACGACUCGGGAGGAUGGGUUGUCAUACAGCAUCGCUUCGAUGGAUCGACCAACUUCUUGCGUGACUGGAAAGAGUACAAGAAUGGGUUUGGUGAUCUAGAGGGUGAGUUCUGGCUUGGACUUGAUCGUAUUCAUCAGCUUACCUCAUCGAAACCGCAUGAACUGGUGGUGCUUUUGGAGGACUUUGAUGGUAACAGUACCUACGCAAAGUAUGGUCUGUUCGAGAUCGGAGGAGAAAGUCAAAAAUACACGCUGAGCAAGUUAUCAGGAUACACGGGUACCGCUGGAGAUUCCUUAACCGAAAAGCUAGGAAUGAAGUUCACAACGCUCGAUGCGGACAAUGAUACUUGGGACAAAAACUGUGCCGUCGAAUAUACCGGUGCAUGGUGGUACACUGCCUGUCAUGGAAGCAACUUGAAUGGCUUGUACUUACGUGGAGAAACAAAGAUAUUUGCCAAGGGGAUGGUGUGGAAAGCUUUCCGAGGAUAUCAUCACUCACUAAAAUCAUCGAAAAUGAUGAUCAGACCUACCUCUUAGUGAGAUAAUUUUGCGGUGUCCAAUCGAUCAGGUACAUGUGCCGUCACUUUUUUACAUGUUUGCAAAAUAACGAUUUGAUGGCCAUUUCUUUUAAAUGCAAUUGCGUAAAACAUGACAAACGAUAAAUAAAUUAAGAAAUGAUAUAUAGUAAUAAUAAUAAAAAGCAAUAAAAAGCUAACAAAAGCAAUUG